CAAUGCAUAAGAUUAAAGUCACCCGUCCCUCUGCUCCACCCCUCGAAGAGCCAGGAGUUUGCGGCAGAAGAGAAGAGGUGGCGAUCGAUGGCGGUGAUGUUGGGGAUCGCCAUAGUGCCGCCACCCUCCAAAUGCCUAUUCGUCCACCCGCCCCUAUCUUCUAACUCCGAUUGGACACCUCCUGCGACGCCCUUCCUACUCAGGCCUUCCAAUCCCAGCUUCUCCUCCUCUUCCUUCCCCAUCUCUGUCGCGCGGCGGUUCGACGCCUCCCCCAAGACGGUCUCCGGCUCCAGGACCUGGCAGCCGCGCCCCCAUCCCGAUGCUAAUAGGGAAUUGUACCAUCUUUCCGACAAGAAGAUGUAUAAACGCCAUAAGCAAAAUGUUGAUCUCCCUUCCAUACUGCCAAAGAACAAAAAGAAACCCUACCCCAUCCCAAUACAAAAGAUGCAACGGGCAGCUAGGCGAGAUAAGAGACUUGCAGAAAUGGGAAUCGAGAAACCUCUUGAGCCCCCCAAAAAUGGUCUAUUGGUUCCUGAACUUAUUCCUGUAGCUUAUGAGGUGUUGGACCAUUGGAAGGUGUUGAUCAAAGGCCUCUCACAGCUACUGAAUGUGGUUACAGUAUAUGGUUGUAGCAAAUGUCCUGAAGUCCAUGUUGGUCCAGUUGGCCACCAGAUUCAAGACUGUCAUGGCACUGGAAGUGAGCAGCGGAGAAGCUACCACAGUUGGGUUAAAGGUUCCAUUAAUGAUGUUCUCAUCCCUAUUGAAUCAUACCACCUCUUUGAUCCCUUUGGUCGACGCAUCAAGCAUGAGACUCGGUUUGACUAUGAUAGAAUCCCUGCAGUUGUAGAGCUAUGUAUUCAGGCAGGUGUCGAUUUUCCUGAAUACCCUUCGCGGAGAAGGACUUCUCCGAUCCGAAUGCUUGGGAAAAAAGUGAUCGACAGAGGUGGAUAUGUGGAGGAACCAAAGCCACACCUCUCGGAAAAUUGCAUGUCGCUCCUUGCAGAGCUGGACACCUAUGGAGCCCAAUUUGAGCAACCGCCAUUGUCAGCAUCCGAUACAAGAAGGCUUGCUGAAAGGACUUUGAAAGCAUACAGCAGUGUGAGACGUGGUGUGAGGCAGCUGAUGAAGAAGUAUUCAGUGAAAGCUUGUGGUUAUUGCUCUGAGGUGCAUGUAGGUCCAUGGGGACAUAAUGCAAAGCUCUGUGGGGCCUUCAAGCACCAAUGGAGGGAUGGGAAGCACGGGUGGCAGGAUGCGAUAUUGGAUGAGGUGAUCCCCCAAAAUUAUGUAUGGCAUUUACGUGAUCCACAUGGACCACCUUUGCAGACUGCUCUCAGAAGGUACCAUGGUAAAGCUCCAGCGGUUGUAGAGGUGUGUGUACAAGCAGGGGCAGAAAUUCCUGAGAGUUACAAACCUAUGAUGAGGCUGGACAUCAUAAUUCCAGACACAGAAGAAGCCCGAUUGGUAGCAUAACUGGUUGAACUCAGGAAUAAUGUUCAUCCAUCAUGAUUUAACCUUCGUUUGGCUUUAGUGCACUCUUAACCUCUUGAGCUCAAAAUAUUUAAACCUAAAUCCAAGAUUACUGUUUUUGCCUUUUUCCUGGUAUACUUGGUCUAGAUCUCGUGUUGUCAAAGUUGGUAUGCAUUGGAUGGCAAAGUCAUGAGUUUAACCCAUGUACAUUCCAUAUUGUAGAUAGGAAUCAAGGAUAAUAUUCCUGUUUAAAGAUGUGUUGGAGCUCA